UUUCAUUUGAUUCUAAUCUAAUCGCAUAGAAUCUCUCGUCACUAACUUUGCAUAUAUUGUUUUUAAGUUUUAUUAACUUCGCAUAUAUCGUUAUUCACUUCCCUUCAGAUAAGAAGAACCCACGGACUGUUCAUUCAGGUAACUAUAUUUUAUGCUUUGACAUUCUUGGGUUUAUCUGAAUUUCUGACAAAUGGGGUCAGAAGGGCCUCCAGCAGUAACUAUACAUGUGACAGGGUUUAAAAAAUUUCAUGGUGUUUCAGAGAAUCCAACUGAGACCAUUGUCACUAAUUUACAGGAGUAUUUAAAAGUUAAAGGUUUGCCAAAAGGGGUGACCCUGGGAAGUUGUAGUAUUCUUGAGACUGCUGGCCAGGGAGCUGUCAUUCCCCUCUACCAGGCACUGGAAACUGGUUUGAGCGAAAAGGACUCAGAAGCAUCAAAUGGUGGCAAAAUAAUAUGGGUUCACUUUGGUGUUAAUAGUGGUGCAACAAGGUUUGCUAUCGAACAUCAAGCAUUCAAUGAAGCUACUUUUCGUUGCGCGGAUGAGAUGGGAUGGAAGCCUCAGAAAGCUCCUAUAGUUUCAGCAGAUGGAGCAAUAUCAAGAACAAGAGAGACUUCUCUUCCUGUUGAGAAGAUUACGGAGUCCUUGGCAAAGAUGGGUUAUGAGGUCAUGACCUCUGAUGAUGCUGGGCGGUUUGUUUGCAACUAUGUCUACUAUCAUUCCUUGAGUUUUGCAGAGCAGAAUGGGAUCUCAUCACUCUUUGUACAUGUUCCUUCCUUUUUAACUAUAGACGAGGAGACGCAAAUGCAAUUUGCUGCUUCCUUGUUUGAAGUUCUUGCCUCUAUAGUUUGAAUGUCCACUGCAUGCAACACGCUGCUUCCACGUUGAACAUGAUUGCAUCAUAAAAGUACUCACCAGAUAUGAAACUUGCUUUUAUAAUUUAUAUAGCUCUGCACAUGCCAAUUUCUGCCUAAUUGUUCAAGGAACUUGCCAGUUAUAGUAUGCAGCCAAUGAGUUUGAUCCACUACUUCCAUGCUGGAGGUCCUCAAAUUGGUACUUAACUGUGGUAACACGAAUAUCUGUAAAUUUUUGUUAUAUGCUUGUAUGUGAUGGUGAUGGACCUCUACUCUAUUGUGUUUCAAUAAAAAAACCGGGCAUGUGAGAAAUUCAUCUUUC